CGUGGGAAGAGAGAUGGCGUGCUUGUUGGAGGCCCCUCUCCGCAUCAGCGUGCUGUCUGAAGUCACUGCCACGAGUCGGCAUUAUGUUGACAGACUGUUUGACCCCGACCCACAGAAAGUGCUGCAGGGAGUCAUUGAUAUGAAGAACGCCGUCAUUGGAAACAACAAGCAGAAAGCCAAUCUGAUCGUCCUGGGAGCCGUGCCCAGGUUACUGUACCUGCUCCAGCAGAGUUCGUCCAGUCUGGAGCUGAGGAGCGAGUGUGCCGUGGUUCUGGGCAGCCUCGCCAUGGGCACUGAGAACAACAUCAAGUCCCUGGUGGACUGUCACAUCAUCCCUGCUCUUCUACAAGGUCUCCUGUGUCCAGACCUGGUCUUCAUCGAAGCUUGUCUCCGAUGCCUCAGAACGGUCUUCAUCAGUCCAGUCACUCCUGUGCAGCUGCUCUACACUGACCCCACUGUGAUUCCUCACCUCAUGUCUCUCCUGAGCCGCUCGCAGAGAACGCAGGAGUACACCACACAGAUCUUCUCCCACUGUUGUAAGACGCCCGAGCACCAGACGGUUCUGUUCAACCACGGUGCCAUCCAGAACAUCGCCCCCCUGCUCAUCUCCCCCUCAUAUAAGGUCCGGAUGCAGGCGUUAAAGUGUUUCUCAGUCCUGGCCUAUGAGAACACUCAGGUCUCCAUGACGCUGGUGAACGUGCUGGUGGACGGGGAGCGUCUCUCUCAGGUAUUUGUCAGAAUGAUGCAAAGGGAUCAGCCCAUAGACAUGCAGCUAACCGCAGCCAAAUGUUUAACGUACAUGUGUCGAGCGGGAGCCAUCAGGACGGACGAGAGCUGCAUCGUCCUGAAGACGCUGCCGUGUCUGGUGCGCAUGUGCAGUAAAGAGCAUCUGCUGGAGGAGCGGGUGGAGGGCGCAGAGACGCUGGCUUACCUGAUGGAGCCUGACGUGGAGCUGCAGCGGAUCGCCAGCACCACCGACCACCUGGUGGCCAUGCUGGCCGACUACUUCAAAUACCCCAGCUCUGUGUCGGCCAUCACGGACAUCAAGAGGUUGGAUCACGACCUGAAACACGCGCACGAGCUCCGACAAGCUGCUUUCAAACUCUACGCCUCGCUCGGCUCCAACGACGAGGACAUCCGCAAAAAAAUUACAGAGACGGAGAACAUGAUGGACAGGAUCGUCAGCGGCCUCUCAGAAUCCAGCAUUAAAGUGCGCUUGGCUGCUGUCAGGUGUCUUCACAGUCUUUCCCGCUCAGUGCAGCAGCUGAGGACCAGCUUCCACGACCACGCCGUGUGGAAACCGCUCAUGAAGCUGUUGCAGAACGCUCCAGAUGAAAUCCUGGUCAUGGCUUCAUCCACACUAUGCAAUCUACUGCUGGAGUUUUCACCCAGCAAAGAGCCGAUCCUGGAGUCAGGAGUGAUCGAACUACUAUGCAGUUUAACCCAGAGUGACAGUCCAGCACUGAGGGUCAACGGGAUCUGGGCCCUGAUGAACAUGGCGUUCCAGGCGGAUCAGAAGGUGAAGGUGGAGAUCGUCCGAUGUCUCGGCACAGAGCAGCUGUUCCGUCUGCUGUCAGACCCCGACACCAACGUCCUGAUGAAGACGCUGGGUUUACUGCGGAACCUGCUGUCCACGCGCCCGCACAUCGACCAGAUCAUGAGUUCUCACGGGAAACAGAUCAUGCAGGCGGUGACUCUCAUCCUGGAGGCGGAGCAUAGCAUCGAGGUGAAGGAGCAGACGCUGUGCAUUCUCUCUAACAUCGCCGACGGCAACACAGCCAAGGAUCUGAUCAUGACCAACGACGACAUGCUGCAGAAAAUCAAAUACUACAUGGGACAUUCAAACGUGAAGCUGCAGCUCGCUGCCACUUUCUGUGUCUCCAACCUGAUCUGGAACGAGGAGGACGGUUCUCAAGAGCGUCAGGACAAGCUGAAGGAAAUGGGCUUCAUCGACGCUCUGCACAAACUGACCCAGGCGUCUGACGCCAACCUCAGUGACCGGGCGAAGACGGCGAUGCAGCAGUACCUCGCAUGACCACAGGGGGAAGAAGAAGAAGGAGGAGGAGGAGUCUUCUACUGCCAGCCUACAUAACAAUUGCCAGGAGGGGGCGUCACUGGUUGUUUAAUUUUGAGGUUGUUUUGAUGCACAGAGACACCUUUUUUUUUUUCUUUUUUUUUUGAUGACCUUUGGCGACCUCCGCUGACCUCUAACCCUCCGCCUUGACGCCGUGGUCUUUGGGAAAUCAACGGUUACGAGGAUUUCACGUGUUUGUUUGUUUUCUCUUUAAGGACAAAGUGAUUUUUUUCUUUCUUUUUUGUUUGAAAAAUGAUUUUUAGUUUUUUUUUUGUGGUUGGAGAGGAGGAGGAGCCAGCGCCGCCUCGCCGCCGCCUAUCGGACUCCUGGAUGACGGAGACGCGGCUGUCGGAGGUUCUGACACAGGAGCGCCGGCUUUUAAUCCCACUUUUAUUUUUGCUAAUUUGAACUAAUAUUUACAACUAAAUAUUAACAACGUUUCCUCGUCAAACGCGAGCGAGGACACGUGUGGAAAACACAAGAGACUAAAGUCUAUUUUCAAAUGUUUUCUUCUGUUUUUGUUUUUUUUUGUGGAUACAUACCUCGUAAAUAUAUAAAUAUAUAUAAAUAUGAACAUAAAUAUAUAUAUUUUUGGAUUUUUAACCCCCCCCCCGUUCACCCUCUGAACCAUGACUCAGCAGAUUGUCCCUCGUGUCGGACGUUGAUCGCGGUGAAUGACGGGAGUUAGCGUGAUUCUGUUGUUUGUUUGUUUUUUUUCGUCUGCACUGGUUCCUGUUCCCGAACAUCGUUAUGAUCCCAAUGGGAAAAGACGGAGCGUCUGAGUGUAGGUCAUGUGAUCCAUGGAAUUCCUACGUUUUUUGUUUGUUUGUUUGUUUGUUUGUUUUCCUCCUGCUGCUGCGUGUGUUUUAAACUUAGACUGUUAGUAAAAAUGGACGUCGUCAUCUCGAAAUAAUGGAAAACAGAAAAUAUUCACGUUUAAGAAGCUGAAAAAAUCGGAACAUUUUCUUGAAUCAGUAAAACAAACACUUUGAUAAUUGACGAUUGAUUUAGUGAUUGAUUAAUCAUCGAUAAAUCGUAAAACCAGACUAGUUUCAGGUCUACGUCAGAAGAACAUGACGUCAAUUUUGUAAAUAACGUUCAAAUUUAAACUGUGAAGCAGAAGGCCACGCCCACUUUUAAUGAACAGUCUAUGAAGAGAAAGCUAGCGCAACGUGAGACUGCCCCCUGGAGGCUAAAAGCACUUUGUGCAUCCUCAGUGAAAAUGCGAUGUUUUCGUCCCUUUUUGACUCAUUUUUUUUUCUUCAUCAUCCUCAUCUUUAUCGCGAAAUUUCUCGACCGUCGCUCCCUCACAUUUCACCCGUUCACCUUGAAGCUCUGAUUGAAUGAAUGAAUGAAUGAAUGUUACCAUAAAAAAUAUAUGCAGACUUGAAGAAGA